AUGUCCGACACCGACGGACACGCCGCGCGCGCGUCCACGAUCAUCGCGCUCGCGCUCACGUCCCUGGUCGCGUACGCGUCCGCCCGAGCGCUGCGGAGCGCGGCGCGGGACUUUGCGACGCAACAGAGCGCGUUGUUGGCGACGAUGACGGCGCUGGAGCGACGAAACGCCGAGGCGAGCGAGACGAGACGACGUGAACGAGAGCGAAACGCGCGAGAGAAGCGAGCGUGGGAUUCGAGAGCUCAAAAACGGAUGUCUGGGGAGGAGGCGGACGCGGAGACGACGGAUAGUGAGAAACUUGGUCGGAGGAGGAGCGCGACGGAGGCGGAUGAAGUCGCGAGCGGACGAACGAGCGGCGCGACGACGUCGCCGCGAGCGAUCGGGGGGGAUGAUGUGGAGGAGGGAGGCGACGAUGGGCGUGAUGUUCGUGCGUUCGAUCGCGACGCCUCGCUCGGGACGCCGACGAAGAGAUCGUUGACGCACGCGACGUCGUGGGACUCGAACCGCGACGAGACAGAGACAGAGAUCGACGACGAUGCAGAGCUCAGGACGCAGAUCGACGUCGUGGACUCACCGCUGGCGACAAAGUUUCACAAGCGCUUGGAUGUGAGCGUGGAGGUCGAUCCAGACGUCCAGGCGUUCGUCGGAUCGCCACUCCCGAGAGCGCUGAGCAAGAGCGAGGAGCACAAGGGCGCCAUGGAACGCGCAAACUCCGCGUUUCUCGAGCGAGCGUCGACGAUGAGCACCCCGGAAUCUAGCGUUCACGGCACCGCGUCUUCAUCGAAGAACGGUCAGACGCCGUGGCCGGCGACUCCCGACGCGUCGAUGGCUGUGAGCUUCAAACCAGCCGAUCGAAGCAUGGGACGCGAGCUGUUUCAGCGCGUCGUCGACGCCGACGUCGCGUCUGGCGAGUCUCCACGACGGUACACGCCGCCACGCGUGAUGGGAGCGGGCGGUUCAGAAUUGCAGUACGAGAAAGUGGCGACGGAGAUGAUGGAAACUCUUGGGCACGAAUGCGAGGAGGUUUGCUUGAUGCUCGAGUACGCGCUCGGUUUGCGGGACAAGUGGCUAUUCGAUGACAGCGAGGCGGCUUGCCCCGUCGUGGGUAUACCGAACAAGUCGGAAACUUUGGCCACGAAGUCCGAUCACGCGUUCAAAAUGAUCGAUGGUGUCGUUCACGUGUACAGACCGGGCGAGAACGGCGAUUUAGAGUUGGUACACGCGCCACCCGGUACGGCGACGAAUUUCUUCCAUGACUUACACGCGCUCCUGCGGGUGCAAUCUUACGGCCCAUCGAAGACGUUCUGCCACAAACGACUCAAUCUUACCGAGCAAAAGUUCAACUUGCACGUCAUGCUCAAUGCCGAUCGGGAGUUCUUGGAGCAGAAACAAGCCCCGCAUCGUGACUUUUACAACGUCAGAAAGGUUGACACGCACAUCCAUCACAGCGCGUGCAUGAAUCAAAAGCACUUGUUGAGGUUUAUCAAGUCCAAGCUCAAACGUGAGCCUCACGAACUCGUCAUUUAUCGCGACGGGAAGUUUUUGAACCUUCGCGAGGUUUUUGAAUCUAUAGGAAUGACUGCGUACGAACUCAACGUCGACACGUUGGACAUGCGAGCGGAUAAGAACACGUUUCAUCGGUUUGACAGAUUCAAUCUCAAGUACAACCCCAUGGGACAGUCUCGUCUGCGCGAGAUUUUCAUCAAGCAAGACAAUCUCAUUCGUGGACGCUUCCUCGCUGAGCUUACGAAGCAGGUGUGUUCGGACUUGGAGGCGAACAAGUACACAAUGGCAGAGUACCGCAUCUCCAUAUACGGCCGCAAGGCGACCGAAUGGGAUAAUCUUGCCGCUUGGGUGCUGAAUAACAACGUUUACAGCGAAAAUAUUGUUUGGUUGAUCCAGAUCCCGAGAUUAUAUAACGUCUAUCACGCCGGUGGCACCAUGAAGAGUUUCCAGCAGAUGCUGGACAACAUUUUUAUCCCGCUGUUCGAGGUCACCGUUGAUCCCUCGUCGCAUCCCAAGCUGCACACGUUCCUCCAGAUGGUGGUCGGCGUUGACAUGGUAGACGAUGAGUCUAAACCAGAGCGUAGGCCAAGCAAGCACAUGCGCGUGCCCGAGGCCUGGGACGUUCAGCACAAUCCCGCGUAUGCGUAUUACGCGUACUACGUCUACGCCAACUUGUACACUCUCAACGCAUUACGGGUAAGCAAAGGGUUGAAUGCGAUCGCAUUCAGACCGCACGCCGGCGAGGCUGGCGAUAUUGAUCACCUGUGCGCCACUUACAUGCUCUGCAAGAACAUCGCUCACGGGUUGAACCUUCGCAAGUCUCCGUGCUUGCAGUAUCUGUACUACCUCUCGCAAAUUCCAAUCGACAUGUCACCGUUGAGCAACAACUCGCUCUUCGUAGAUUAUCACAAGAAUCCGUUUCCGCAGUAUUUUGCUCGAGGCUUACGGGUUUCGCUCAGUACGGACGAUCCGCUCAUGAUUCACAUGACCAAGGAGCCGCUCGUCGAGGAGUACUCGGUCGCCGCGCAGGUAUGGAAGCUCAGCGCCGCCGACCUGUGCGAGAUCGCGAAGACGAGCGUCUUGAACAGCGGUUUCCCUCGAGCAUCCAAGAAACACUGGGUGAGCGACCAGUACUGGCUCGGUGGCACGCGCGGGAACGACAUUCAAAAGACGAACGUUCCCGACCUCCGCGCCCACUUCCGAGACGACGUCCUCGAGACGGAGAAGGCGCUCGUGCGCCGAGGCGUCGUGCAGGCCCGACAGAAGGGCCGCGAGAUCAAAAUCCGCGGCUGA